AUGGGAAUAGUUUUUGCUAAUCUUGUGCUCAUUUGCGUCUUAAAUAACCGUCGUUACAUCAAAUAUAUUGAUAAUCAGCCAAGGUACCUUCUGACGUCCCUGGCAUUAAAUGACCUUUUCACCGGAAUUCUGAUUGCACCCGUGGCACUGUUGCCAGCAUUGUACAAGUGCUGGCCUUACGGUGAAAUAUUUUGUCAAAUACAGGCGUUAUUAAGGGGUGCAGUAAAUCAACAGAGUGCCGUAAUUUUAGUUUGUAUGGCUAUAGAUAGAUAUCUGUACUUGCUUCACCCAAAUACUUACCAGAAACACUCUAGUAAAAAGGGUUGCGUAUUGGUUAUCAGUAUAACCUGGAUUUUAUCAGUAUCAUUGUUCGCUAUAAUGGUUUUACCUCGAUCUGGAUAUUACUUUAAUUCGACUGGGUUGAUGGCUUGUGAUGUUUUUCACAGCAGAGUAGCAUUUAGAAUCCUAUCAUGUUGCGCGUAUUAUUUCCCAACAACCAUGGCAUUAAUGUAUUGCUACGGCUCAGGAUUUCAUGUCAGUAAGACAAGAAAUAAGUGUGAUCAAGAUCCGGUGAGGCCCAAUGGUAUUCCAGCAACGUGCUCUAAAAGCACUCACGGAGAAAUGGAAACGGUUAUUCCUCCGCUGAUCCGACAUAAUAGUGUCAGCACGUCUCGUACAAUGGCUGCUAUGUCUUUAGGUUUUAUUGUUAUGGUUACACCAGCUACCAUAAAAGAAGUUGUAGCGGCUUGCACUGGAUGCAAAGUGCCCACAUCGCUUGACUUCAUUGUUACUUGGUUAGCUUUAAGUCUGCUGUCG